GCGAGCUGCGCGAGCCGGGAGGUCGGAGGAGGGGGCACCGCGGCGCCCGGGGAAAGGAGCAAAGGACUCUGCUGCUGGUCCCUGAUGAUCAUGAACAAGAUGAAGAACUUUAAGCGCCGGUUUUCGCUGUCAGUGCCGCGCACGGAGACCAUCGAGGAAUCCUUGGCUGAAUUCACCGAGCAGUUUAACCAGCUCCACAACCGGAGGAAUGAGGACAGCGGGGAGGAGCCCGGGCAGCUGUCCCCUGGCACGCAGUACCAGCGACGGCAGAACCAGCGUCGCUUCUCCAUGGAGGACAUCAGCAAGAGGCUGUCUCUGCCCAUGGAUAUCCGCCUGCCCCAGGAAUUUCUCCAGAAGCUACAGCUGGAAAGCCCAGAUCUGCCCAAGCCUCUCAGCCGCAUGUCCCGCCGCGCCUCCCUGUCAGAUAUCGGCUUUGGGAAACUGGAAACGUACGUGAAGCUGGACAAACUGGGGGAGGGCACCUAUGCCACGGUCUUCAAGGGGCGCAGCAAGCUGACAGAGAACCUGGUAGCCCUGAAGGAGAUCCGGCUGGAGCACGAGGAAGGGGCGCCCUGCACUGCCAUCCGAGAGGUGUCUCUGCUGAAGAACCUGAAGCACGCCAAUAUUGUGACCCUGCACGACCUCAUCCACACAGACCGCUCCCUCACCCUGGUGUUUGAGUACCUGGACAGUGACUUGAAGCAGUAUUUGGACCACUGUGGAAACCUUAUGAGCAUGCAUAAUGUCAAGAUUUUCAUGUUCCAACUGCUCCGGGGCCUGGCCUACUGUCACCGACGCAAAAUCCUGCACCGGGACCUGAAACCCCAGAACCUGCUCAUCAAUGAGAGAGGCGAGCUGAAGCUGGCCGACUUUGGACUGGCCCGGGCCAAGUCGGUGCCCACAAAGACCUACUCGAACGAGGUGGUGACCCUAUGGUACAGGCCCCCGGAUGUGCUGCUGGGAUCCACAGAGUAUUCCACCCCAAUCGAUAUGUGGGGCGUGGGCUGCAUCCACUACGAGAUGGCCACCGGGAGGCCCCUCUUCCCCGGCUCCACAGUCAAGGAGGAGCUGCACCUCAUCUUCCGCCUCCUCGGGACCCCUACAGAAGAGACGUGGCCCGGCGUGACGGCUCUCUCCGAGUUCCGAGCCUAUAACUUCCCGGGGUACCUCCCACAGCCGCUCCUCAGCCACGCCCCCAGGUUGGACACGGAUGGCAUCCACCUGCUGACCGGCCUCCUCUUGUAUGAAUCCAAGAGUCGCUUGUCAGCAGAGGCAGCCCUGAGUCACCCCUACUUCCGGUCUCUGGGAGAGCGAGUGCACCAGCUGGAAGACACUGCCUCCAUCUUCUCCUUGAAGGAGAUCCAGCUCCAGAAGGACCCAGGUUACCGUGGCUUGGCCUUCCAGCAACCAGGUCGAGGGAAGAACCGGCGGCAGAGCAUCUUCUGAGGUGGGCCCACCCUGCUGCAGCUUGGGGGACAUGAGGUCACGUGGAAUCCAAGUUUGGGUAGGAUGAGACCAUUGGAGGACUGAGGAACGAGAGCCCGUGGCUGGAAGACUGUGUGGCAGCCUUGCUGGUCACAGCUGUUUCCUCUCCCUUCUUCCCACAYACCUCCCUGGUGGCCUUUGCCUGGACACCAACCCUUGUCAGCCACUGUGGGGCCUGAGUUGCUCCCCUGAGAGGAGAUGAGGGGGCAGGGAGAGACCUGGGACCCUCUCCCAACCUGAAGUGCUUGGAUGUCAGCGUGGGACCCGCCUGGACAGGAGAAUUCAGGUGCCUGGCUGAGUACGGUGCCCCGGAUAGGGGUUCCACCGUGCCUCCCUCUGGGGCCUGCCUGCCCCAGUUGGCAGAUCCCCUUUCUGACCCCUUAGAGCCCACACACAUUUCAUCUUCUCCUUUGAGAGCAAGAAGGGGCAUGGCAGCUUGUCUGGGAACCCAGAAUACUGGGUGCUGAUAUGUGCCUAAGGCCAGCCCCACCUCAGGGGCAGAUGUCUCUGUUGUCAGAGGAAUGGCAGCCUGUCCUCUUGUCCUCCCCAGCCUGCUGUCUUUCCCCUCCUAGCCAGAGGCCCCGUGUGCCCCCUGGCUUGAACCAAGGCCGAGCAGCACCAGCCUGCUGCUCCAUGUCCAGCUGCAUCCGGAGGUGGCCUGGUACUGCCGGCCGCACUCCUGCCACCUCAGCCAGCCCCCGCCCGUCUCCCCAGUCUGGAUGGAGUUGCCUUAAUUUGGCAGGUGGCAGAGUGUACACUGCCCUUGGAGCUCUGACCCAGCUCCUACUGUCCCCUUUCCAAGAACCGCCCCUGCUGUUCUUAUCCCUGAGUGUCGAUAAGUCAGCCCUGGGUUGGGGCCCUGAGGACAGCACCCAGAUAUGCAAGGUCACCCUGACACUGGUACCAGGCCAGCCUCUGCCCUCGGGGGCCGGCACAACCUUCUCUGUUCCUUUCUUCCCAGUCCUAUGGGUCGGUUCACCUGAUCCUGGCACCAGCUUCCCCAGAAGGUGGUCAUGAGUAGGACGGGUGUCAGUGCCACCGCCUGAGGUAAAAUGGGAGGGGAGCAGGGUUCACCCCCCAGCACCCCUCUUAUAUCCCCAAGGUUUCCUCAACAUGUGGCUGAAUCUUGAAGGGCAAAGGCUGAGGGGAGGCCAGGCCCUGCUUCCUCCAUGAGCCCCCUCCCAGCCCCAGCCCCUCAGCCUGGGGAGCAGCCCUGGAGUCUGGGCUCCCCCAGCCCCCCAUUCUUCCCCCACUGUACUGUGAAUAUCCUGUGACUCAGCACAAAGACAGAUAAUAUAUUUAAUUCAUGUUGUACAGAAAGGAGCGAUUAGUCUCCUGCAGGAGAGCUGACUGGUAGAUCAAUGCCAAAGAUGGAGAACCGAAGCCCCCCUCCAGCCUAAUGAGCGGGGCUGGGGCUUGCUUGUAC